CAUCACAAAGACGGAUGAAAAGAAGACAUGAAAACAAUUAGGGAAAAGAGGUGCUGAAGAAAUGAGGAGAGAAAUCACUUCCACCCAGUCGACGCUGACAGCAUUUCCGCUGAUGCACCUUCAUAAAAGUGACCAGCCCUUCCCACAUGGGAAAGAGCAGGGCGACAAGACGCGGGAAACAGUUGCCCGGCGCGGCGAGAGCCGAAGCGAGAGCCGAAGCUGAUCGUCCACCCCCGAGCGGCUGCGAGUCCUGCUCCCCCGAGGCCGCCUCCUUCACAGGCUGGGCAGCUGACGUGCACCCCUGUGUGCAGGAUAUGAAGGUGCAGGGUGUCCCCCUCUGGCUCCUGGGCAUCACGUUUGUCCUGUGCUCAGGGCACCUCCGUGGUCUCAGGAGAUGUCCGAUCUCCAUGGACAUGCGCCACCUGCAAGAGAGUUUCCAAGACAUCCAAAGAGCCAUACAAGCCAAUGACACCUUCCAAAACAUCACCAUCCUGUCUGCACUGGACAGCCUGCAGGGCAUUAAGCCGUUAGAUGUGUGCUGCGUGACCAGGAGCCUCCUGGCGUUCUACAUGGACAGGGUGUUCAAGGACCACCAGGAGCCGGACCCGCACAUCUUGAGGCGAAUCAGCAGCAUUGCCAACUCCUUCCUCUACAUGCAGAAGACCGUGCAGCAGUGUCAGGUGCAGGGACGGUGUCACUGCAGGGAGGAAGCCACCAACGUGACCCAAAUCAUUCACAACAACUAUAAUCAGUUGGAGGCCCGCGUGGCUGCCGUCAAGUCCUUGGGAGAGCUCAAUGUCUUUCUGGCCUGGAUCAGCGAGAAUUACCAAGACGGCUCUGCUGCCUGACACCAGGAGCCAGCUUAAUCACCCAGGCCAGAACACCCCCGUGAGGCUUCCUGGGGGACACAGCUGACUUUGAAGGGGGAGGGACACGGGAAAAACCCCUGUGUGUCUCCUGGUGUUGACCUCCUGUGGACUUGGUGCGCUCAUCUCUGCCGCUUGGAAGCUGUAGGGGAAAAUCUGGGUCUGGGCAGAUCUCGCUCUGCAGCUGAAAGCCCUCCUGGCUGGUCCCAGCCUGCCUGAUCCCCGUUGAGACCGGCCAAAUGGUCUGGUGUGGUGAGCCGGCCUGGGAGGGAAAGGUCCGCUGGCCCAUAAUUUAUUGUGAGGUUGUUUAUCCCAUGUCUGCGAUGUGGGCUGCGCGCUCUCCUGCAACGCACCUUGUCCUGAUUGGAAUAAACUCUGUGCUUUG